AAAGCAGGCCAGAUCUGUCUUUAAUAUAAGACACUGACUUAUUUUUGGGGAAACACGGUAUUUCCUGGCAACCUGGACUCUGUAUGCCAACCCUAAAACUUAUUUCCCAAAUCCUAUGAAGCAGCCUUUCCAGAACAAGAGCAAAGUUAUCACAUCAUAAUAUUUGUUGUGAAAGUUCAAUUCCUGUAUUUGAUAGAGCAUUUCUGACUUGUAUUUCACACAUCUAAAAGUAGAAUUCAGUGAGUUAUAUUUUAAAAUUUUCUUUCCUUUUUCUCCACCAGAUAGUAUAAUUAAUGAGUGAAAAAUGGAUAAUCAAUCUUCUGUCUCUGAAUUUCUGCUCCUUGAAUUCUCAGCAACCUGGGAACUUCAGAUUCUACACUUCAUGCUGUUUCUUAUCUUAUAUUUUACAACUGUAGCAGGGAAUACUCUCAUAAUUGUUGCUGUAGUUUUGGACCAUCGUCUCCAUAGCCCCUUGUACUUCUUUCUGCUGAACCUUGCCAUUCAGGACCUAGGCUCUGUUUCAGUCACUGUCCCUAAAUACGUCAUCGGUUCUAUUAUGAAUGACAGACGUAUUUCUUACUCAGGAUGUGUGGCUCAAGUCCUUUUCUUUGUCUUCUUUACAGCAUCUGAUGUUGCCUUACUUACAGUCAUGGCAUAUGAUCGGUUCAUUGCUAUUUGCAAUCCAUUGCGAUAUGAAAGAAUAAUGAACAGAAGAGCCUGCAUACAAAUGGCAGUCAUUGCCUGGUUGGCUACAUUUCUUAAUGCUGUAUUACACACGUGUGGAACAUUUGCAACUCCUUUCUGCUCUAAUAUUGUCAAUCAAUUCUUUUGCGAAAUACCACAAUUACUUAGGCUUGCCUGCACUGACUCUUAUCCAAUUGAAAUGGGAGCUAUUUUGUUUAGUAUAAUGAUUUGGUUUGGCUGUUUUAUCUUUAUUAUUGUAACUUAUGUACAAAUCUUCACAGCUGUUUUGAAAAUUCCCUCGUCUCUAGGGAGGAAAAAGGCCCUUACUACUUGUAUACCCCAUCUCAUUGUUGUCUCCAUGUUUUCAUUGACUGUAUGCCUUGCUUACCUAAGGCCCAGUUCUAGUACGUCUUCUUCACUGGAGUUUCUGGUUACCAUAAUGUAUUCUGUAUUCCCACCCAUGCUGAAUCCUUUGAUCUACAGCCUGAGAAACAAGGAGAUCAAGCUCGCCCUUUCAAGACUUUUGACAUUGAGAUCAUCUUCCAACAAUGCUUUCUUUUUCUGUACUCCUUAAAGUGUAUCCUAUGUGAAUUUUUGCCUGUUGUUUUUGCUGCAAGCAAAGGGAUUGCUUGGGAAUGAGCACAGGUAAAGCUGAUUUGUUUUCUAGCAUUUUAGUCACUGUUCUCUUCAAAUCAGUGAGGACAGAACAUUAAUACUUAUUCAUAAAAAUUAUUUAUUUUUCAAAAUAAUAAUUAUUCUGUCUUUCAGUUGCUAAAGAUAGAUUCCAGUGAUACAAACAUUAAUUGAAAUAAUGUAACUAUGUUUAAGAAAGAUUUUUCCUAUUUACUACGACCUUAGCCAAACCACAAAUUGGGUUGUGUUAUAAUGUAAGCAAGCGGUUAACAGACAGGAAUCCUUUCCCCAGCCAUGUAAGGCAACCCCGUGAAAAUUAUAGAUGUUUCUUAGACAAGAAAUAUUCAGAGGUGGUUUUGCCAAAUAUGUCCUCUGAAAUAUAGCCUGCAACACCUGAUAUUAAUUGGCAGUCUCCCAUCCAGGAUUAACUUUGAUUAGUUUCCAAGAUCAGAUAGGAACUGGUGCCAUAUAUUACCAAACUGUAUGAAACAACAUAGCUUUACCUCUCUUUCUGUACCUCAGCAUUUUUAGUUUAUCCUUUAUCCUUUAUUUUUGCCCAUCUCUGACUGGAGCUAAACUUUGUUAUUACAGUCUUCAAAAUUAUUUUCUCUGCUGUUCUAAAGUUGUGUUGCACCAACCUGGAUUAUUUCCCAAUGAAAUAUAAAUGUUGUUACAUUUGCUACUUCAGAAAAUC